AUGGAUGAAGAAACUGCUUAUGAAGGUGAAGUUAGCGUCAGUUGGGGCGAACUUUUAAAAAGUAUGAUCAGAGAUCCAGAAACUAGAGACAGUCUUUUAGAAAAUUUAAAGAAUAUUUCACUUUUUGUUGCAUCAUCAAUGAUUGUUGCUAAAUAUGCCGAACAAAUCUCAGAACCAAAGUUACUUAUGAAACUUUUCUUCUCAGAAUAA